UGCGGCGCAUCGUUCAGUGUCAUGCUCCUGUCACCAAAAUACAAGUAGAACUUCGCCUAAUUUUUAAUGUAAACAUUAUUUAUCUAAUCUCAGCUAAAUCUCAAGCUACAUGAACAAAUACAUUAACACGUAAACAAACAAAAUUUUAAAGUGUCUCGAAAUGACAGAUCAAGAUAAUGCAGUAAACGGCCUAGAACCCAAGGAAGCAAGUGCCUCGAACAUCGAGGUGCUGAAAGACCUGUGCGAGAACAACGCGAAUUUUUUUGCCAAAGACACGAGCGAGAAUGGGCAACGGCUGUAUAUAUCCUUCAUGGGGAUUAGGGAGAACUUGGAUGAGAUCUCCCAGAAGAUGGCACGAAUUGCGUCAGAAGCCCCCAGGUUUGAUUUUGAUGAAAGCACCCCCGGGAACGGGUAUCGGAGUUUCCUGAGCGUUGCCAACUCGGCGAUUGAUUAUGGCAUAGCGUUGAACAAGAAGAUCUGUUUGAAACGUGCCAGUGCUUUCUUCAGGAAGUCACAACUAACAAAGGAUGUGGAGUCCUGUGCCCACUUAAUUGCAAGUCUGGACACGUGUUUCAAACAUUUGGAAACGCUGAUUUCCUGGAGCAGUGCAGGAAAUUUGUUUCCAGAUGAGGAGCAUUCGCCUCAAGAACUAUUGUCCAACUACGAGGACAUCAACCAAUAUUGCUUCUACGGGCGUUGUAUGGGGUUUCAAUUUUGUGAAUCAUUGAGAAACAUUUUACAAUUUAUCUCAAUGUCAAUGGCGAUUUUUUCGGAAAUUUAUUACAACCAAGGGUCUUUUUUCGCAAAAGCCACGACCUCCCUCAUGGCCACAUCAAAAUACGUCAAUGACCCGGAACAAAGGGCCAGAAGAAUUGUCAAUAUAUCGCAAAAUGCCGAUGUAAAUUUCUGCAAAGCUUUUUGGUUCCUUUCGGAAAAUGAGUUGAUGACAAACAUGCCGUAUGUGGUGGCCCCAAGUGUUGCAGUUUCCCGAAUUAUCAGUUUGCCCCCUGAACCGUUCACUCUUGAGGUUGACGGGCGCGAAAUUGAUGUCCCUGUCCCUUCAUCUCAUAUUGGUAGAAAACCAGUCCAAGUGCGCCUUAUCAGUCAUGAAGUCCAUGAAGGCAUGAUUGGGGAAGCUUCAAAUAAAUACAAGAGUAAACCACCAGCUAGGGGCCUGAUUAUACAUUGUCAUGGGGGCGGUUUUGUUGCCCAGUCUUCGUUAUCACACGAGUGUUAUUUGAGGGAAUGGGCAAAACAACUAAAGGUCCCGAUUUUGAGCAUUGAUUACAGUUUAGCGCCUGAAGCUCCCUUUCCAAGGGCUUUGGAGGAGGUCACUUAUGCCUAUUGUUGGGCCUUGAAAAACUGUCAAUUGCUAGGAAGCACAGGUGAGAGAAUAAUAGGCGCUGGGGAUUCAGCUGGCGCAAACUUGCUGCUCUCCACCACUCUAAAAUGCCUAAAUUUGGGCAUUCCGCCCCCGAUGGGCCUAUUCGUAGCAUACGUGCCUACUUUAGUGAAUUUCGUUCCUUCACCAUCUCGCUUAUUAUGUAUGAUGGAUCCUUUGUUACCGUUCGGUUUUAUGAUGCGUUGUUUGAAAGCUUAUGCAUGUCCUGACAAUAAAAAAGUGGAAAACUGCGACCAAACUUCGGACACUGAAAGUUUCGAAGAAAUAUCCGAAUCGGACUUGAUGGAGUUACAAGCUCACAAAUCACCAGUGUCUGAAACUUCCGACACCUUGACCUACGGGUCAUUAAAUUCAGGAGAAGACGACAGGAAUAAAGAUAUUGAUUUGCAAUCUUCUAAUAUCGAGAAUAGUCAAAAAUACGUUUCCGAUUUUUUGGAAAAAUACGUUUUGGAUUCUGACACUGAAACUGACGGAACGCGAGUACCUGUUUUAAAACACGAAAGUGCGACUUCGUCCCAGUCAAUUGACGAUUCGUUGCAAACCAAAGUUUCGAGUUUUGUUUCGAAUUUAAAGUGGCGAUUCAACAGCUGGAUUGCACAGAAGGCGCAAGUUGGGGUCGAUUUUAUGGUCCCGAGGAGUGCAAGCGCUGCGGAAAAAUACCUAGAUUUAGACAGACAGGGUAAUUUACUCGAUGAGUUCAAAUUUACGGUCCCUGAAGAUCCAUUUUUGAGCCCUUUUUGUGCAAAAGAUGAGGAUUUGGAGCGAUUUCCACCAGUUCGCGUUUUGACCGUUCAUUUAGACCCCUGCUUGGAUGAUUGCGUGAUGUUUUCGAAGCGACUGAAGCAAUUAAAUAAAAACGUCCACUUGGAUAUUUUAUCGGGUUUACCGCACGGAUUCUUGAAUUUUUCUUUGAUUUCCAAAGAAGCCUAUGAGGGUUCCAAGCUCUGUGUAAAAAGAAUCAACGAGCUCUUGAACUUGGAUAAUCUGCCUCCACUACAAUAAUUUUUUAUAGAUACAAUUAGGAAAUAAAUGGGACUCUAGACUAGUUCGCUCUCUCAAAAACACAUUUAAAAAUUUCUGUCCAGUAUAUAAAGUAUUUUUUAUACAAAUUUAAGGUGUGUUGUAGGUGUUUUCAAUUACCAAGUACACGUUUUAUUUUGUUAAUUGUUCCUGAAAAUUAUUUUUAGAUACCUGGAUCUGUUGGUUGCGGCUGUGUUUAACUUAACGUUUUUGCUGCUACGGUCUAUUAUUUGGUGCCUAAUCGAUCUUUAAUCCAAAUUUAGCAGUACAUCAAAUCAUAAGUCCAUAGCAGUAUUAGAAAAUGAUUGUAUUUACAUUUCCUUAUAUACCAAAGUGAACUUGUUACGUAACUCAUAGUGAUAAUUAUUUGUGCAAGUAGAUCUGAUUGUGAACAUUUAUACAAUGUAUUUAUUGGAUUAUUAACGGAAAUAAAUUAUUAAACAAA